UGAAGGAGAACAAAGGGAAGGAAAUUGCUGGAGAAGGGAAGCGUCCUGAGGGUAUGGCCUAGGAUCGUCCUGAGGGUCAGACGCGUCCAACGGCUGGGGACAAAAGAAAAUUCUUGCCAAAGAAUAUUGACCUGGAAGGGCUCCCCAGUCGUAGAGACAAAAGGGUUAAGCAGGGCUCGUCCAAGGUGGUUAAGUCAAAACCUCCUCAGUCUCAGCCUGCCGUCCAGAUAGUCGACGUGGACUCGUCCACUCCAGUUGAAUCCACUCCGUCCAAGACUCCGCCUAGAACUCCUUUAGCCAAGUCUACUAUGCCUGGCUCGUCCCAGCCUUCUACGAACAUGAUUGAGAGCGAAGAUCUGGCUUGGGAACGUUUCCAAACAGCCGUCAAGGACGAGGAUAUAAACAUGUGCUAUAACAUGGGCUUGAAGGAAUUUGAACAUUCAGGCGUCCAUGACCUCUUCAAGGCCAUGUCAAAGUUCAUAGCAGCGUCUAGACAGGCAACGGAGCUGGACAAGACGAGAGCCUUGUUGGAGACAAGGAUUCAGGAGGUGAACGCUGACUGUAAGAAAUGGGCUGGGUUUGCUGAAAAAGCUAAGGACGAGGUCAAAGAGCGUAACAAGUUGAUUGAGGAGCUAAGGACGGAUGCAUUGGAGAAGGAAACGCGCAUUGAUCACUUACAAAAGAUGAACAAUGAGUUGAAUGCUCGUCUUUCCAAGGCAAGAGAGGACGCUGUGGCUGAGUUCAAGUCGUCCAAAGAGUAUACAGACACUUUGGAUCGCAAUUAUGCAGCUGGUUUUGAAGAUUUCAGAAUGGACGCUGUUGAAAACUUCCCUGAAGUUGACUUCAGCGCAAUCAAGCUUAACCUUGCUGCUGCCACAAGCUCUCUCCUCCAGACCGGCUCUGAUGACGUCAACGUGGAAGACGACGCCAGUACUCAACCUCCUCAGGACGAGCCUGCUGAGAAUGCUCCCCCUUCUUAGGACGAGACUUUAACCUUUGUAACUUUGCUUUUUCUUUCUUUUUGUAACCUUUGUGUUUGGUCCUUUGUUUUUGGACCUUCUUUAUGUAACAAGAAUACAUUAUACUCGUCCAUGGUUUUAGGACGGGUUUUUUAAGUAUACUAUUUCUGCUUUUCAAACUAA